AUGGCCAAAGUCUCGUGCGCGCUUCGGGCCUUCGAGGUUCCCCCUUCCAUGCUGCAAACGUCCCGUCAAGUCGCAGCAGAGUUUGUGUCAAGGCUGGACCCAUCUCUGGUGGACAUUGGAUGCGGUAUCGAGGUGUAUCGCCUGCACAAGCUUCACGGUGAUGAAAAUGUUUCUGAGGGAGAUCAGUUGCUUUGCAGUCUUCCUGCGUGGCACUUUGACAUGGAUGCCCUUGAGCACAUGUUUUCCGAGCUCGAGGAGUUGAGGGCAAAACAUGCUGAACUCGGAUGGAACUUCGAAAAAGCUGAAGCCAAUCUGGUUUCCUACGGCCCAGCUGUGCAGUCUGAUGCUACAGUGCAACAGAUGCGGCAGCAUUUGGCGCAACGAGAUGCUCAGAUCGCUGUGGAGAAGCAGACCCAACAAAAGCUGCGAGCCGACUUGCUGGCCAUUAGAGAACAGUCGGAGCACCUGAUGCAGCUGGUUCUGGAAGAGGCCGUCGGCGGCAACAGCCGUCAAGCUACCGCCAGCCACGGCCAAAAUGAUCCAGGAGUCUUUUCUGCAGGCAGCCAGCAUUCCGUUGCGACAGGACCAGGUCAGCGCUUCAUUGGAACAGCGUCGCCACGUCCCGGCGCGAUGUGGCCGCGCUAUGGACAGGGUUUUCCCAGGACUCACGGCAAUCCACGAAGGCACUGA